ACAACAAGCAGCCUAGCAGAAUUAGUAAACGUCAAACGUCUGCAGUCUGUUUACAUCGAUUGCUGCAGAUACAAUGACGAUCCACAAUCUUUACAUCUUUUCCAAAAAUGGUACACUUUUGUAUUACACGGAGUGGAAUAGGCUGAACAAAUCGGGCAUGACGAAGGAAGAGGAAGCCAAGCUGAUGUACGGAAUGCUGUUUUCUAUAAAAUCGUUUGUCAACAAAAUAUCGCCUUUGGAUUCGAAAGAAGGAUUUCUCUACUACAAAACUAGCAAAUACACCCUGCAUUACUUUGAAACCCCAUCGGGUCUCAAGUUCAUCCUGAAUACGGAUAACCUAGCUCAGAAUGUUCGAGAACUGCUGCAGCGAUUGUAUAGUCAGGUAUACAUUGAGUACGUCGUGAAAAAUCCGCUUUGUCAACCAAAUGAACCGAUCCAAAGUGAACUAUUUAAAGCAAAGAUUGACGAACUUAUAAGGAAAUCACCCAUAUUUUUGAGUAGAUCUAUAUAGAAAUAAUAUAUGUAUACAUUAGGUUAAUUCAAAUGCAUUUUCUUUUUAUAAAGACCCUGUAUGUAUCUGUAAAUAAAAAUAAUUUUGCUUUUUCAACAUGGCAUUUGUAAUAGGGAACAGACAUGGUUCUGCUAUAUACAUGUAAAUACUUAUAUACAGUAGAAAAUAGCAUAAGAAUACGUUAUGCAUCAAUUUUUUGCUGAUUUAAUACCUCUAGGCCCUAAUAUGAUUAAUUGAAAAUUCUUAUGUUUGAGUAGUUUUUAAAACGGCAGCUCUCCAAUAUGGCGGCUCAAAGGAUAAAGACCUAACCUAACGUACGGGCAUUUGAGUACAUACAUUCAGUCAUCAUGAAUCUAUUUUGAUUUUGAAGCAUUAUCUCUCAUCUCUAUUAUGAUUUUGGAGAAAACAAUAAGGUUAUUUUAUGUACUAAAAUUUACAUGCGUUUAUACAUCCAUAUAUAUUUUCAUCCUUCGCGCCGCCAUAUUAUCACGUGAGCUCUCAAUCGUUUAAAUGUAUCAUUAGGAAACCGAAUUUUCAAAAC